AUGGCUAGGAGUCGCCUGCUUCUGGUGCUGCUUCCGUUGUUCAUGUGGGUCUCUGUCUUCUCAGCCGACAGUAGCAGUGGUUGCUGCAGCGCGGGUGGGGACAGGUCAGUAUCCAGGGAGUUCUUCCCCAUGGAAGGGGACGUCGCCUGGGUAGUCCAGGUUUCCGAUCUCCACCUCAGCGCCUACGACCAUGAUCGCGCCCGCGACCUCGAGGCCUUGCUCGGCCCCGCGCUGCGAGUUGUGCGACCCUCCUUCCUCAUCGUCACAGGUGACCUCACCGGUGAGCGAUUCUUAGCGUGGGCCUCUCAUCGGACGGCUGUCUCCGUUGAUCGAUGCUUUCAGUCUUGUAUAUCUUUCAAUGCCUGAAAUACUGAACAGAUGGCGUUAGCGUUUGACUUUUAUAAUGUAAAGGUCACCAUCUGUCCACGUCUAUUUGCAGCCUGGAAUGGAUAUCUGAUGGCACCUGAAUGACGACUGUUCUGUUCUUUACUAGCUUAAUCCUGAUGUCUGCGUAGAUUCAAAACUCGAUUUUUCAUAUAUUAUCAAUGAUGUUUGAUGCUGACAUUCUUCAUAUAAAUAUAAAAUCGAGGAAUCUUGAUGUGUCGGUGAAGAAGAAUAAUCAGGCUCUACCAGUUGACUUUCAUGUGGGCAUGCUGAAUUUAUGUACUUUUAAAUAAAGGUUAAUAUUUUUUCUGUCAGUUGUUCAUUAAACAAUAGGUUGCCGACUCUAUCUUCGUAUUCCUGGUCACUUUUUUUUCCUUGGGCCUGCAACGGGGUAAAAGGCCUAAUAAUAGAAACAAAUGAUGGAAAAAUAAUCUUAAACAGAUCCUCUGUCCAUAGGCGAAUAAAAAGCCCUUACUAGAUUCUAACCUACCUAUUCACUCAGUCAAUGUGCUCUCAGGCCCUGCAGGCAUAUAAAGGAGUUUUAUUCUUCAGGAAUUUACUCUAUAAAUUUCUCCCAAAUUUUCCAUCUUGAGGGGGGACAUUUGAUUGCAUGCUUUUGGUCAAGUUUGGGUAAAAAUGUCAGAUUUAUUUUCUUUCUCAGAUUACUGAUAGAUAUCUGCUCUACAGUUUCAUUGGUUAAAUCUUUUAUCUUUUUCAGGUUGUAUCUUGAAUUUAUUUGAAGCACAUAUCAUGACUUUUUGGCCACAGACUAGAAAUAAAGGUUUUUCUUAUUUUUGAUGCUAUUCAACGGGCUCAAUUGAAGCCCAUCCCCUCAUCUCCAUUGGUUUAGACCAAUUGGGUAUAAAUUUUACUGUCAUAUUUAUAUUUUACCACACAUUAAAUUUUUUUAUUCCUUCUACCGAUCAAAAUCAGUGGCAGUUGGGUAUGUAGUAUGCCUAUUCGUAGCAAGACAGAAAAAUAUUUAAAUACUCAAUGGCUUGACAUUUGAAUCUGAUAUAAGUAGUCUGCCAAGGCACACUGUCCCACAAAAAGAUGGUCAAUAGUUUUAUCAAACGCAAAAUCUUGUACAUCAGGUGGAGGAUCUGAGUUCCGCUAUAGGUGAGCAGGACUUCAAUUCCCUAGCUAGAGAAAAAUAUUGGAUUUUUUUUGGACUAAUCUCUUUAUGAUGUGAGCUUUAACCUAAUAGACUGAGAAAAUAAUUUAACACAGACAACGAGUAUUCUGGUCAGAUCAUCUAUUUCAUUCCUGCUAUCAAUUCUUUGUUACUGCUGUUGCUGCAUUGACAUCUACUGUCACCUCUCUUCUGAGAUAGUAAAGAACCUUAACUAGAGGCCUGAUUAACUCACAGACCAAGGGAAUUAUCCACUCUGUGCACUGCUCCUUUUGCUCACCUGGAGAAGUCAAAGGUAAUUUUCCACAUUUGGCGAAAUGACUUCUGAUCAUCUGGGCUCUGCUUGUUCCAUGGCCUUUGAAUGACGUCCUUGCUUAAGGCUUUUCUACUCAUUGGCUUUUACUGUCCCUUGGGAUUGUUAUACUGCUCCAUGGUGUCAAACUCUAGUGAGUUAGGAUCGAGCUCAUUGUACAUGAUACAAACCAUUUUAUCUCUUGUUUUUGUUCCCUUGAGAGAUAAAGCUUGGUCUCCAAUGUUUCCACUGGAACGAGAUCUUUGAGUUCAGCCAUUGUCCGAUAAGGAUAAAGUUCAAUUACCUAGAGAAAGAAAUGAUAUCCAGGGGAAAUAAUGAACUGAUUACUUUUUUUUUUUCUUUAACUUACAGGGCACUUUCUAUUGAAUGCUUUUCUAAUGAAGCUCUCCUGUUCACUCUUUUAGCACUCCAUUUUUCUUCAUUACCUCCCAACUGUCUAAGAUUAUGGGGUAUUUUCUUACUGGGAAUCUCUUACAGGUUCUACAUGCAUGUUGUCUUUUUUUGUUUUCUUUGUGAAAUCAGAUGCCAAAAACAAGGAACGGACGAGUACAAGGCAAGAUGAGCUUGAAUGGGUCCAGUAUAGAAAUAGCAUGGAUGCUGUGAUUAUAAAAGCUGGUAUGGGUGGGCGAAGAGUACUUGACAUAAGAGGCAAUCAUGAAAAAUAUGGAGUUCCCUGCGUUGGUGAUAAAUUGGAUUUCUUCUCAGUUUACAGUACAAGUGCCCUGAUGAAUAGAACAGGCAAUAUUCAGAGCAUAUCCCUAGUGGUAAGCUGAUUCUUCUUUUUUCGCUAAAAAUGCUAAGACAUCAGUGGCUAUUAUCUUUAAUUCUUUUGUAAAAGAAAGUUAGCAUUCUUUUCUGUCUUGUAUAUCUCAAUAUGGAUAAUAGAUUUUUAGACUGGUAGCAUCACUUAUAAAUUCGACUUUUCAUCGUUUUCCUAUCAAUCAUGCGGACUUUUCAUAUUCUAGUUUGCUUGCUGACAACUUCAAUGGUCGCUCAACGAUCUUUAGUAUGGUAUUAGUUGGUUGGUAUUUCAAUGGACGCUUGUGAUGAUCAUGAUUAUGAUCAUGAUGAAACGGGGUCCCAAAACCAGUGGAAGUAAGCUUCAAUGCAUGCCUACCCAAAAGUUUAUUGUAGCCUAAAAGUUUCGAAAAUAAUACUUGGGUCUUGACUAUCCACCCACAGCAUUGUUCAACCAUAAUAGGUGGGGAUUCCUUGAAAGGGUGAGCUCAUUGGAGAGAUCGCAUGUAAGUUUUCUUGGUGAUGUACCCUGUUUCUUGUAUUCAUGCUUCUGGGCCGAGAUAUGAAGUGAGCAUUUUAACUGCUGCCAAAAUGGGAUUUGCUUCUGGGACAGCAAUUUAAUUUUCUUUCGUUUUGCCUUUCUACAUCACAACUGGAGAAUGGGUGUCGAUAUCAAGGAGGUUAGAUAUAAACCUCUUGAUGGAAGCCAGCUUGGUUUGGAGAGGCCUCUAGAAGUACUCCUUUCCUCCGUUAACAGGUUUCCUCGUUUAGAAUCCCAAUUCCCAAGAAUUUCAUGUAGGGCGGAGCUCUCAGGGUCUGCUUUUAUCUUGCAGUUUCUAAGCCAUUCCGACACCUUCCUCAUCUCCACUCGAAUGUCACUGUUUUUUUCUAAGCAUCAUCAUGUCGUCAGUAUGGCUUCUCACCAAAUUGCGUCCCUUGCAGUCUUUCAACAGAGAAUUCAUUGUUACGGUCAUUCUUAGUGUUUUUUGAUAGUUCGACACAGCCUAUGGAUGUUUUCUGAUAGUUCAAAUGUUUUUAUAAGCUCUUAGAUCCAAUCUUACUUCCUUAUAACAGUAAUGUUUCCUUGAUAACUCCCCUUCGUGAGCUUCAUUCAUUUGUUUCUGAGAUAGGUAAGGUAGUCAUCACUGGUAGCUUCAUUUUUCAGCUGAGAAGCUCUUGGAAGGUUGACGCACCAAAGUGAGCCUUUGGAAAUAAUUCACCACUAAAAUUAGUUUAGACGUUGGGCAUUAUCAGUUUUCGUGCUAUUAUCAGAUUAUUUUUCUCUUCUAAACGUUGAUAAUUUUAUCCAGUGCAUUUAAUUGAAGGUUCUUCAAACGUGAUCGGAUCUAAUUAAGAAGCUUAUGUUUCCAAUUCCUGCGUAGUGACGAACUGAAGGGUUUUUAGGGAAACGAACUGAAAUACAUGUUCAUUGGCGUGGACGACACUAUGGCUGUCGGAUUGCGUGGGCCCUCGAACCUAUUCGGUCAUCCAACAGACUCGAUGAUUCAAACCCUGGAUGCAGAGCUUCGAUACUGGGAUGCCAAUCCUCUGGCGUUGACCGCGAAGAUUGUUUUUGGGCACUUUCCAAUCUCGUUCACUGCUUCUUCCAAGACCGGGAAUCGUUAUGAAGAAGUAUUCUCGAGAAGGUCAGUCUCUGCAUAUCUCUGUGGGCAUCUCCAUGCCAAGUUUAGUAGCCAGCUAUGGAGGCCACAUGUGGUUAAGGGGGUGGGUGAUUCCGAGCCGAAGAUGGAAAGAAGUCGGUUUUGGGAAUGGGAACUGGGAGACUGGAAAGAAUCCAGGUUGAUGAGGAUCGUCGCAGUUGACCGUGGCAACGUAACAUUUCUAGACACCAAAGUUAACCCCGGGCUUGAAGAUGAUCAUUUCCCGACUACCAUCCUCAUAACGUAUCCCGUUGACUCAAGAAGCAUGUCUCAGAUGAGAGAGGAUGGCCGGGUGGUGAGGAAGGAUAUCGAUGCACUUGUCUUCUCUCUCUACCCAAUCCGCAAUGUGACAGCCAAGGUAUACGAUUCCUCAAGGGGUUACAGGCCAGUGGAAGAGAUACCACUCCGGCGUGCUACCAAUUCCCUCUCAUCACAGCCACUGUUCUCUGCCAAGUGGAAUGCCGAGAACUACAAGAGCCCUUCUGCCGACCGCUACUUCCUACAGGUGUUUGUGGUAGACGGCGAUGGGAGGGAGACUACCAGUAUACUGAGGCCAUUCUCAGUCGAAGGGAGGUUUGCUCCAUUGCCCACAACAUGGUUAGCCUAUUUAGCCCUCUAUGUCCCCUGGGAGUCUCUCUAUGCAGUCCUCCUGUGGAGUAAUAUCAGCUUCCUCACAGCACUCCUGCUGCUUCCUAGAGUGUUAAUUCUUUUCAUGGAGCCGCGCAGGCCCUAUCAGAGCCAGGUUCUCUCAGCUUCUCUUUCUUCCUCCGCGGGUCGGAGGAGGUUGUAUUCUUGGCCGCUGUGGUUCUUGGUGGAGGGCGAGGAGCGGAAUGCUGUGGCCUUUUAUGGGCAUUUACCUGGUACAUUUGCUGUCCUUCCCUCGGUUCUGGGCAAAUGCGGCAUCUGUUGAUGGAGAUUUGGGGAGAAUGUCGGCCUUUGGGUGGACGAUGGAGCCUUCUGCUUGCCCCAUCAAGGAGGAGAAAUCAGGCGUGCCCGAUGUAAUAACCAUCACCCUGCCUUUCAUGUAUCUGGUUGUUACCCCUCUGCUGCUCAUAAUUCACAGCCUGUUUGCCGAAAGAUCUGCAUUCUAUUCAAAGAAACCCAGUGGGGGAAGACCAGACUCAGGCGCCUCCGCAAUGGUUUCCCAAAAGAGUAAUCUUGAUCGGGAAAGAUGGGUGAGGAUGGUGAUCUUGUUGGCAUGCGUGAUCUUUGCUUGCAUUCAUCUCAAGGUGAUUAUGAUAUAUUAUUAGUAAGUCUUUUUGGUAUUUUUUAAAUUUAAUUAUUUUUAUUAUAUUAACUUUUACCCUUUGAUCCAGACCCUUAUCGCCAUAGGAAGAGCUUAUGGGAUCCGUGAAGUUGCACUGUCUCCCGCCCUGUGCUGGGCGCCGCCGAUCUUCCUGGCAGCGGCCAUCCUUCUUAGCCGGUAA